CCUCGUCAAGGAGGACUCUUCUUCGCAAAGUCUUACCUAACUGGCCCAUUAAAAAGAUCCAGCCGCCAAAGUGGUCUAGGGUUCGUCGCUUGCCGGAACAGGACCCCCCCCCCAAAACCGCCACCGGCUUUCUCUGCUCUCCCAUUCCGGUGCUGAAGCUGGGGCAUGCUUAUUACUCAGAAAUGGAAAUAGAUACACUGAAGGAUGAGUUCGGUCGUGUUGUUAAAAAGCAGAAACUUGCAUCCUCAAGAACUAUAGAUUUGGUAAACCAAAUCGAGAAAGAAAUUGAGCAGGCUAUCAGUGCUAUCCAAGAAAAUGUCACAGCUAGGGAUGCUGCAUCAAACCUAAACCAUGAAAUUCUUACUAAUCUGAAGAAUACGCUGAAAGUGUUGGUUCCAGUGAAGCAACUUGAGAGCUGCCAGAAAGAAAUGAACACUGCACUUGGCAAGUGGGUCAAGACCACCGAGAAAUUCUUCAUCAAUGAUAUUUCAAAAGCUUACAAGAAUGCCGACAUGGAACCACAUGUACUGAAUGAGAUUAUUGCAAACCAUCUAUACCGUGAGGCAUUAUUUGACAUAGGUGACAACUUUCUUGGAGAGGCCAGUUGUUUAGCACCUAUAAAACUGAAACAACUGUUUCAGGAGAUGUAUGAGAUUUGUGGUGCGCUGCGGACUGAGAAAUCUGAGCCAGCUCUGAGCUGGGCAAUGAAAAAUCAUGAUGCACUACUGCAAAACGAUUCCUGUCUCGAGCUUAAGCUUCACCAAUUGCGGUUUGUUGAGGUACUCAAGCAAGGUAAAAGAGAUGAGGCUCUUCAGUAUGCUAGGGCAUACCUGGCGCCAUUUGCUACCAUACACAAGGAUGUAACCCAGAGGCUGAUAGCCUCCAUAUUAUGGGCCGGGCGCCUUGACCAGUCACCAUAUACAGAGUUCUUAGUACCAACUAACUGGGAGAAGCUAGCUGAGGAGUUCUCUCAACAGUUCUGCAAUCUGAAGGGUCAAUCUUCCACAGGUCCUAUGGGCAUGACAGUUGCAGCUGGUGCUGAAGUGUUGCCAAUUCUUCUUAAACUGAUGACGGUACUCACUGCAAAAAGGGAGUGGGAGUCUAUGAAAGAAUUUCCUUUCCCACUGGACCUCCGUAGGGAGUUUCAGUUCCACUCAUUGUUCAUUUGUCCCGUGCUCCGUGAGCAAGGUAGCGAUGAGAAUCCUCCAAUGCUUCUUCCAUGUGGGCAUGUCUUGUCGAAGCAGUCGACCGUGAAAUUAUCAAAGAACAGCUCCCGAUCUUUCAAAUGCCCAUAUUGCCCGUUCGAAGCAUUGGCAUCUGAGUGUAAGCGGCUACAUAUCUGAGGAUUUCUUACUCUGUGAUUGGCCAUUUGUGUGCACCAGCCUUUGCUAUCUCUUUUCCUUUGAACGGUGCACUUGCAAAGGUAAUACAUUAUACUCAGGGUGCUCAACUCUGCUCAUGUCUUGUAUAUAAAGCAUGAAAGAGAUGUCAUAAGAACACACUGGUUUGAUUGACUUGGAAGUGCCAGCUGUGUUUUCUUUA